GCGCUUUCCGCACAGCCCCGAGCGCUGCGCCUGCCGCCCAGUUCGGAGGGGCCGGGAGGGACCGGGACGGGGCCGGGGACGGGAGUGGGAACGGGAUCGAGUACGGGAACCGGCGGGUCAGGACGGGACGGGACGGGACCGCCGGGCACCUGCCGAGCGCCCCCUUUGCGCGCCUUUUGCGCCCCUUUCCGCCCCGUCGCGCCCCGCGAUGCGGAGCCCGGUGAAGCGGAGCCCCGGCGCCCUCCUGCUGCUGCCUCUGCUGGCCGGGCUGGGGGGGGGCCUAGCCCCCGAUUCCCCCCAGGGCUGUGCCCGCGGCAGCUGCUACCCGGCCACCGGGGACCUGUUGGUGGGGCGAGCCGCCAGCCUGAGUGCCACCUCCACCUGCGGGCUGCGCCGGCCUCAGCCCUACUGCAUUGUCAGCCACCUCCAGGAGGAGAAAAAGUGCUUCAUCUGCGACUCGCGACGGCCCUAUGAUGCCCGCACCAACACCAACAGCCACCGCAUCGAGAACGUGGUCACCAGCUUCGCCCCCCGUCCCAAGAAAGCCUGGUGGCAGUCGGAGAAUGGUGUGGAGCACGUCAGCAUCCAGCUGGACCUGGAGGCCGAGUUCCACUUCACCCACCUCAUCAUGACCUUCAAGACCUUCCGCCCCGCGGCCAUGCUGGUGGAGCGCUCGGCCGACUUUGGGCGCACCUGGAAGGUCUAUCGCUACUUUGCCUACGACUGCACUGCCUCCUUCCCCCACGUCCCCCAUGGGCCCCCACGCCGCAUCGAUGAUGUCAUCUGUGAGUCCCGCUACUCUGACAUCGAGCCCUCCACUGAGGGAGAGGUGAUCUACCGAGUGCUGGACCCUGCCAUCCCUAUCCGGGACCCCUACAGCUCCUCCAUCCAGAACUUGCUGCGUGUCACCAACCUGCGGGUGAACCUCACCAAGCUGCACACGCUGGGGGAUGACCUGCUGGACUCGCGGCGGGAGAUCCGGGAGAAGUACUACUACGCGCUCUACGAGCUGGUGAUGCGUGGGAACUGCUUCUGCUACGGGCAUGCCUCUGAAUGUGCCCCGCUCAGUGGGGCACCUGCCACCGCCGACGGCAUGGUGCACGGGCGCUGUGUCUGCAAGCACCACACGCAGGGGCUGAACUGCGA